AAGAAGCAUGAUGGAAGGAGUAGUUCCGUGCGGCUCUUUCUCACGUGCCCACCAUGGAUUAUGAUGCCUUCACGUUGUCCCGCGGUGCUGCCCUGUUCCAGUGAUGAACGCAGUGACGGACCAUGAAUCUGGCUUGGACGCGGUGAUGGACGCGGAUGAAAUAGCUGCGCUGUGUUACGAGCGUUUCCAGGAGUUGCCUCGCACUGGGAAGCCGGAGGUGGGGAGAGAGUGGACCCUGCUGGCUGCUGUGGUGCAGGUGACGCGGAAUGCGCGCUCCGGCACAGCCGUGAAGGAGGUAGUUGCUCUUGGCACUGGCUCCAAGUGCAUCGGACAGAGCGCCAUGAGCCCCACUGGUGAUGUGCUCAAUGACAGCCAUGCAGAAGUCAUUGCUAGAAGAGGAUGUAUCAGGUACCUGUUGGAGGAGCUACUGCGGGCUGUGUCCGGCAGAGACAGUGCUGUGCUGGAGCCCCUACUUGGAGCACACGAGACCAGGUUUAGGCUCAGGCCUGAAGUCUCAUUUGUGUUCUUCACCAGCCAAACACCCUGUGGUGAUGCUUCCAUUAUCCCCAUGACUCAGGGGCCUGUGACCCCUUGUCCUCCCAUCAGCGGCUCAGUGAAGAGAAAAGCAUCAGAGACUGAAGAAAUGCCCCACUCUAAACUUCCCCGCAUCAAGCCCUAUGCACAGCAGACAGGAGCUGAGUGUGUACAGCGGGGUUCAGCUGACCCACAAAUGACAGGAACAGAGAGAGGGCAGCAGGGUACAGCCGACCCCCACGGGACAGGAGAAGAGAAGUUACAGGGGGGUACAGCUAACCUCCACAGGACAGGGUUUGAAAGAGUGCAGCGGGAUACUUCUGACUCCCAUGGGACAGAGGCUCAGAGUGUCCUAGGUCAUGCAGCUGAUGUGCACAGGACAGGGGCUAAGUGUGUACCGGGAGGGCCCUCUGAUCCCCUGCUACCCGGAGCUGGAUACCAUAGCACAGGGCUCCUACGACUGAAGCCUGGCCGAGGGGAGCCUACCCUGUCUCUGUCCUGCAGUGAUAAGCUUGCCCGCUGGAGUGUCCUGGGCUUUCAGGGUGCCCUUUUGUCCCAUUACCUGCAGGGGGCCAUCUACUUUACCACCAUUGUUGUGGGAAAAUGUGCAUACAGUGAGGAAGCCAUGCAAAGAGCUGUGACUUUACGGUGUUCCCAUAUUUCCAAUCUCCCCGCUGGAUUCUCUGUCACAUCACCAGUGUUCCUCCAGUCCAGUCUGGAAUUUCCCUUCAGCCAGGCCCUGUCAGAGCUGCGUCACCAGGCAGGCCAAGGCCGGGUUUCCCCAUGUGGUGCAGCCAUCAGUUGGUGCAAAGUGUCAGAGAAACCAUUAGAUGUCACUGCCAAUGGCUAUAAGCAUGGAGUUACCAAGAAAGCCCUGGGCACAGCAAAAGCCAGGUCUCUGCUGUGUAAAAGGAACCUCUUCGAGUCCUUCUUGUCUGUCAUGGCCGCCACACCGCCCUCUGAAUGUCCUCUCUCCCUCAGGGCUGUGGGGCUGUGCACAUACUGGGACUACAAAGCUGCAUGUGUGGAGUACCAGGAUGCAUGGGCCCAUCUGCGCACACAGGCCUUCCCUCUUUGGCCCCGCUCUGACCGCAGCCUCCUGCUCUUCACUGGACACACACCACCUCUGUGAGGACAAGCAUACCACCAUGGUGCCUUAUUCUCUCUGCUACUUAGCACAAAAAUGUGGAGCUGAGUAGCAGAUUUGUGCAUGGCACUGUUUUUUUCUUAUUCUACAGAAAAUGAACAGAGCUAUUAUGUCAUUUGUAGAGGAGGGUCUGCCUCAUGCUUGUGUUUAGGCAGUUGGUUUUACUUUUGUUAGACAUUGUCUAUCUCCGUGGAGACAAAGCCACUAAGCCGAGUUAAAGGCCAAAUUUGUGGAAAGCAUUUUUAUUGUGAGAAAAUGUGUUGGCAAUGAUUUAAGUCAAAACUGGCAUCAGCGGCCUGCUUAACCUGUAGACUCUUUGUCCACGUACACUCACAGGCUUUAAAAUUAGAUCAAAAUGUGCAUGUGUAGAAGAAAUCAGAGCAGCAAUUGAAUUUUACUGUCAGGGUAUUGAGUGAUUUAAAGAAGGCUUUUGACAUAUAUCAUUCUAUCCUUAUUUCAAAAAUAAUGCUUGUCAUAUGUGAUAAAAGGAGCAGGACUGGAUUAGCUAACCAGCUAUUUACAAAUAGCAACAACAAUAAAGGUAAUAGGUGAAAAUGCAUGUAUUUUUAGUGUGCUUUCCAAGAGGUUCGAUUUUGAAACCUAGUAUUUUAUAUAAAUGUAUAUACAUUUUAUAUUUUGUUUUAUGGAUUUAUAUAAAUGAUCUUAAAACCGUGUACACCUGCUGUGAUGGAGAGGCUAUUCCAGGUGAUGGUUACGAUGGUAUGUACAUGUGUGUAAUAA